AAGCAGUAAAUAACGCUGUAAAUUUUGUGAUACUACGAUUAUUUUUGUAAAGUAUUUCAUAAAAUAUCUUGUUAACAUUAGUAUAAAUUAACAUAUAAUGGUAAAAUUAACGCCGGAAUUGAUAAACCAAUCAAUGCAAUUUAUAAAUCCCUGCCGUGAGCGUGAAUUGGAUUUGCGCGGUUAUAAAAUACCGCAAAUAGAAAAUCUUGGAGCCACACUAGACCAAUUCGACACCAUUGACUUGUCUGACAACGAUUUAAGAAAGCUGGAUGGGCUACCAUUUUUACCUCGCCUUAAAUGUUUGCUUUUGAAUAAUAAUCGCAUAUUAAGAAUUGGUGAAGACCUACAAGAAAUGGUACCCAAUUUGAAUUCGGUAAUCCUUAGCGGUAAUAACUUGCAAGAAUUUGGCGAUCUUGACCCUUUGUCCCAGUUGCCUAAUUUGGAAACAUUAUGUUUACUGAUGAAUCCCGUAUCUACUAAAACCAAUUAUAGAGAAUAUAUGGCAUGGAAGUUUCCGCAAUUGCGACUUUUAGAUUUUAGAAAAAUCAAACAAAAAGACCGAAAAGUCGCUCAAGAAUUUUUCCGUAGUAAACAAGGCAAAGACAUGCUAAAGGAAAUUGCAAAGAAAUCAAAAUUAUCCGCCAUAGCAGUAACGAAUGAAGCCGGUAGCAAAACUGUCACUGGAGGAACACGUGUGGCCAACGCUGACGAUCUGUUGCGCAUACGUGAAGCCAUUAAGAGAGCUAGCUCCUUACAAGAAGUUGAACGUUUAUCUCAGAUUCUUCAAAGUGGACGAUUUCCUGAUAACUUCUCGUUUAACUCGACGCAAAACGGCACAAGUGGAAGGAAUGAAAUUGCUAUGGAUAUUCAUUAGUACAUACCUGUUACAUUUCUAAAUCAUUUCAUUUAAACGAGCAACAUUAUUUUACUUAGGAAUGCAUAUAAAAAUU